AUGCUGGCCCGUGAUGGGAACUACGACGUCACCAUGGAGUGCAUCGUUAACGGCUACCCGGAUCCAGAUCUCAACUGGUUCAAGGGUGUAUACGAUCCAAAUGAGAAUAAUGUGCCCCUUUAUGACAGUGAUCGAUAUGAACUAGAGAAGACACGGAGUUACGGCGCUGUGGGCACAAACGUAAGUACCUAUCGUCACCGCUAA